UGUGGACCGCCGUCGCGCGCGGACGUGUAGACGUUGUGACAUUCUGUGCUGGAUCGUGACAAGUGCUGUACGAAGUUACUACUUACAACUGGAUGUUAUUUUGAAUGAAUUUUAUAUGUGUGCGUGAUGGAUCAUUGAUAUUGGAUUGCGUUUUGGAUUUAUGUCACAAUCACCAAAUGUGUUCAAACGUAACCGACACUUCCAUUGGGCCACUCUAUAUUGAUGCUUGGCGGGAAACGCUGGAAACCUGCUAACUGUAUGAACAAUCGAGCACCUAAAGUAAGCUAGCUGUCGCGGAUUGUGCGCACACGGUGCAGGAGGGGUGCGCCGCAUCUAUGCCGCAUCGACGCAGGUUCCGCAUACAUCGGGACGUUGCCAGGUUGCUGGUGUCGAGGGGCGGUCGCCGCGGCGUGAGGUAACCUGGCCGCAACCAUCCUUUCCAACGACGACAAUAAAGCCGCGAUGUGUUCAAAAACUGUAGUUUUAAAUGUUAAAUUGUAACAACGAAUAAUGUUCCGUCCAAGACAUUGCCAAACGUUAUAACGAAUUUAUUGAGGUGUAUGCUGACAAGUGUUUAAUUAGUGUUGUGUUGAGUUUGUGUCGCCCUCUGGCUGUGUGAUAGCGCAACAAGGUGGCGGGGUCGCAUGGGCCAUCGGUUCCGGCACUGGCGAUGCCAUUUAUUGAAGACGAGUGGUGGGCAGCGGAGAAUGAGGGUAGAAUGGUCGAUCUCUCCAAUUGCAUUCAGGAUGCGGUAGCCGCUAGUGGUCAAUCAGCAGCCCAAAUGCAACUACAAAUGGCGACAUCUCUGGGCGAGUUGACGCAAACCGAGAUAUCAAACUUUGUCGGCGGGCUAACGCUAGAAGCCGACUCGUCGGAAGCAGCAGAUCCUGAUGAUAUCCUGAAGCAGCUCGGAGAGACAGCUUUUGAUAAUUUCGAUACUUUUUUUACCGACCUCACAAAUUCUACCGCCUCUGCUGUGCCACCAAUAGAGAUAAAGCAAGAAGAAAACAACAACAUAUCGUCUGCAUCUGGCAGUCAGCUGUCCUACUACCAACAGAACAACCAAAUCGUGUUGCCGGGCAACGGACAGCAACGGCUGCAACAAUUGCUGCGAUCGGGAACGAGCGCCAUCAACAAUGCUGUGACAAAUAAUAUUAACAACGGGAGAUACAACAUAGCGUCCGCGAACCCAUUGCUCGCGGAGAAGCUAGCGGCGACAUCUAGCGGCAUCAAGCAAGAGCCGAACAGUUCUGAGUACAACGGAUCCAUGAACUAUGGGAGCGCGUCGCCGAUGCAGCGGGUGCCGAGCGGGAAACCACAGAUCCAUGACGCUGGUGGAGGUAAAGUGGAUGGCGAGCCCACGGGACUAACACUGGGCGCGCGAGGCUCACUGGGUCGAGCCCUCCUGCAUGGUCUACUGGCCCCCACGCCAGCACCCAGACAUCAUCUCUACACAGCACCCAACAACGGGUCGCUGCCGCCGUCGCCGGCUGAUAGCGGCGUGUCGGACGUGGAGUCGUCAUCAUCAGGCGCCGGCUCGGCUGAGGAGCUGAAGGCACGCCUGCAGCCCCAACCUGCACCCGCGCCGCCUCCAUUCCACGCGCCCUUCCUUCCCUUCUACCAGCAACACCAGCUCGCCUCCUCGCUGCAGCACCACGUGGUGCAUCCGAGACCUCCUGGCUUAGCCGUCAGCGAGCGGGAGCCCUACGCGUACGGGUACGGCGGCGGGGGCGGCGCGCAUCACUUCGCAGCCCCCGCGCCGCCGCCCCUUCCACACGACGAGCUGCCCUACUCCGUGUUCGACUUCGGCGACUACCAACGCCACCACCACCACAACAAACUGAAGCCCAAGAAGAGGCCGCGGAGCGAUGCGCCGCCCACGCCCGGCGUCAAGCGCAAGAGCCGCGAGGGCUCCACCACGUACCUGUGGGAGUUCUUGUUAAAGCUGCUGCAGGACCGGGAGUACUGCCCGCGCUACAUCAAGUGGACCAACCGCGAGAAGGGCGUGUUCAAGCUGGUGGACUCGAAGGCCGUAUCGCGGCUCUGGGGCCUACACAAGAACAAGCCAGACAUGAACUACGAGACCAUGGGCCGCGCGCUGCGCUACUACUACCAGCGCGGCAUCCUAGCCAAGGUGGAUGGCCAGCGGCUCGUGUACCAGUUCGUGGACGUGCCCAAAGACAUCGUCGAGAUCGACUGCUCGCUGGCAUAGUUCCGGCCGGCGCGGACACAGAUGAAUCUCUGAACCUCACAAACACACACUCAUACGUAAAUAAUUAUAAUCUUCGCUGUUUUUCACUAACUUAGAUUUUCGUCUGUUACUCAGAUCGCUUCCGAUGGUGCGUGGUGCGUGGUGUGUGCAAGGACAUGUCUAUGUUGAAUAUUAUGUAUAAUAGGAGAGACGAAAUUGAUUGCUCAAACGUUUAUAUGAAGUCUAUUUUUAGGGAAAUUUCAUAAAAAGAACACAAAAUUUGCUAGAUGUUAUAGUUUAUGGUAUGAAGUGAUUUUUGUAUGAUGUUGAAACGAUUUUUGUAACGUUUGUAUUGAUGUAUACACGAUACAGCUGUACUGUACGAUGCGACAAACAGAACUUCCUACCUCAAAACUACGCAAAAUUCAUACAUAUUAUAAAUAUACACUUUAUUCGAUACAGUUUAUACAAUAUGCAAUAAGAUUAUUGUAGUCUAAAUAGAGUUUUUAUUAAAAGAAAAUAUUUACAUACGUAAAAUGUUAUCAAAUAAUAUAUAAAUUAUUUCCUCUAUUACCCUCUCACGUAUAUGUGUAUUAAUUACCCAAUUAUUUGUUGCCCCCGCGGCCUUCUAAUGUGUUUAUACUUAUAUACCUUGUUACAAAUACGAUACGCCUGAGAAAGUUUUAUAUAUACUUACUAUGUCAUAUUAUAAAUUCAAUCUUGCUACGUUACCUAUAUUAUUGUUGUAAACAUUUUCAAAUAUCUAUUUAGUCAUUAGAUAAAGGUCUAUAGGUCCGGCUAAUCCACUGUCUCAAUAUUCACUAAAACAAGAAAUACUAUCGAAAACAUUUACCUAAUAGAUAACUCAAACGAAAGUAUGAGACAAAUACUAACUGUGAAAUCAUGAUUCUGAAUUCAUUUAAUUUUGGUAUUCUACGUGCCGAUAGAUUUCAAUAUAAGAAUAUUGUUUUAGUGGAGGUUAAUAUUAUAUGUGUUUAUUGCAUACAGAAGCAUUUUAAAGUUACACUAGCAAUUCCUCAAUUUUAACACUUCAAACAUCUUUUUUAAGCCGAAUUUUUUAAUUGAUAUUAUUUAGAAUAUUUGUAGAAUCGAUAGCAAAUUCUACACGUGUACUGAAAUCUACUGCCAAGUUUUUGUUAGAAAUUGAUAAAUAGUUUAAGUGAUGAGUUUUGUGCGUUAAUUGUGUUAAUUAUUACAAAAUAGAUGUUUACUUGUAAGCUGUAUGUUCUAGUUGUUUAAUUUACUUACGUUAAGCUGUUGGACAAGAAUCUCGAGCCAGUAUAUUCAACAUAUCAGAACUCAUAAAAGAAAACAUUUUCGAUGACUCUUCGGGUUGAAAGCCAAAACCGAAGCCUUCAAGAAAACAUUUCGUUGCAUAUCAGGGAAGUUCAAACAGUGAAGUAGUUUAUAUUGUUCUAAGUAUAUUUUGUUGCAGUAAGACUCGAGAUUCUUUUUUUUUUGUUACCUGAAUAAAUAAUAUUAAUGUUUAACUACUAUUUGUGGUCCAAUGUUAUAAGAACGUGUAACUAAGUAGGUGGACUGGAUAAGCUGUACUAUAAGUUAUCUGUAGUCUACUGUUCUAUUGGCGUUGAGUUUCAUCAAACAAUGCUGAAUACAGACUAUACAGACUGUGAACACCCGGCCACAGACUACCGAUAUAAAUAAUGAUACAGUUACGUACAAUUGUCUAUGAUGUAAAUUUAUUUUUUAUACACGAAUAGGUAUGUACGUAGAAAGAGAGUUGUAAAUAAGGCUAAGAACAACCCUACAAACUGAUAUAUCGCUCUUGUAACUAUUUAACUACAAAAAUGUUUAACUGUUGUCAUUGUACGUAUGAUGUAAUAGUUCUAGAGCAAUGAUAUCAGUGUCAGAUUGAGGGUUAGUGAAGCCUUAAGAGAAACGAAUCGUUAAGAAAAUGGGUGCUAAGUGUGGGACCGUCUCAGAAUGCAGACUCAUACUAUAAAUUAACUCUAACACAUAUAAAUAAGUUUUAUAUUUGCCAGUGCGAUUACAAAUGAACUUAAAAGUGAUGAUGGAUCUCAAUGUCCGGACUGCUUCGAACAAAUCCAGUGCCCGUGUUUGUGAAAUUAAGUCGUCAUUCUAUUGUUUAAAAUGUGGAAAUUUUAUAGUAUCGUAGUUAGGUAAUUCUUAAAGAAAAGUUCUUUCAAAAUCUUUUUUUGCUUUGUAAAUAUAGAUAUAACUUAUUUAUUUUGAAUCGCGCGGGGUCCUUCGGCCGCUAAGAUCCGCGCCAUGGGCACGAUCUAUUAUCAUUGUUAUUUAUCAUUGUAGUUAUUAUUCAAUAUUUAAAAUUCUAUUUAAAUUCAAUAAUUAUCACGUAGUUACGAACGAAUAUACAAAUAAACUUUCUAUAUUUAGACAAUUCAUGAGCCCAUGUGCGGAUCUCGUUGCCGCGUGAUCUUCCUUAUUUUAGAAAAUAUCGUUCUUAUAGGUUAUUAAAUUUUAUUGUAAAGUUAUAUUAAUAAAAUAAAGGUAAAUUUGUAGGCAAUGAAUGGACCAGGUCAAGAAGCGAAGGCAGGAGAUUGCUCUCAGAAUUUAUAAUCGGCUAGUGUUGACGAGUUACCGUUAGCGGUAGGCAAUGUCUGAGCGACAUAUAAAAUGAUGCUCGAUUUAAAAAUAUUUUAGUCGAAUUGAUGUUGUUGGCGAAUCAAAGUUUCUAAUAAUUAAUUAAUGUACUUAAAUUUUCAAUGUAAAUUUUAAUGGCACUUCGAAAAAUAUUGUUAAAAUUAUUUUAAUUGUCACUAGUCUUAGUAUCAUAAAAUUCAUUUAAAUUAUUUCUUUGUAAUUGGCAAAUGCAAGCGGAAUAUACCAGUUCCGCUGUGCGACGUUGCGGUGUUUUGAGUUUAGAAGAUCAUAGACGGGACGGGACCGAUGACUGCUGGACUAGGCGUUAGUCCAUUUUCUUUUUACGUCCAUGUAACGUCCUCAAAGCAGCUAUUCUUGUCUAAAUUUUGUCCACGUAGCGUCUAUGACUUGUAGUGUUUAUGUACGCAUACCCUCACGACCCAAAUAUUUUGGUGUCGCUAGAUAGAAUGAAUAUGAAAAUAUUUAGCGAGAAGCAAUGAGAAGGUUAGUGAAAUUCGGUAUAAGGAGAGGGAAAGCGUCGUCGCGGACUCGAAACACAUUAACUAUUAAUUCGAAGUAUUUCGAUAAAUUAUAAUUGUUCGGUAAAUGUUUAAUACGUAAAUUAUCCAUAAACUUUAUGUGCUUAUUGUCUACUUUAUUUAUUUUGUCUCCGGACAGAGAUUUGCUUCCAAGGCUAUCUGGUGCCGUAAUUAAAAUUAAUUUAAUUUAUUCUGAGAGUGUGUGCGACAGUGAUUUGUGUUUACAUGCUUUUGGUUUACUGCAAUUACAGUCGGUUUAUUUUAGUUUAAGUGAAGAUUAAUAACAAAUAUUGUAUUUUCUGCGCCCUAGUUAAGUUAUUUUUCUAUGUAUAGUUAGUUAUAAGUGUAAAUGAUUUAGCACAUAAAUUUGAUGCAUGAUGAUAAUGUUAAUAAAAUAUCCACAAUAAAAUACAA